UCUCCUCCUAAUCCGUGAAAUCUGGAACAAGAACCGCGUGGCGAGGCAAGCCGGUACCAGUGGCACCGAGCAACUCGGUACCAACGGAGGUCUCUUCUUAAACGAGUCCCGCGCGCUCUCCGUGGACAUAAGUCUUCCACGUCGUUCCGAUCGCCAUCGCGACGAUCAGACUGGCGCAGAAAGUUUCCUAUUCACCUGGACCAACGAUCAGACAGGUCGGGGCCAAUUAACGAUCGCGGUGAAAGGGUCCGAGGUUAAUACGCGGUGUUCGCCAGUGUCAUCACCGAGAACGGGACACGUCCAAUCGACCGGUGGUACCGAUCCCGGGUCGAAUAGUGAGAAAAUCGAAGACACGUGGCAGUCGUGACGGAGAAUGCAUCAGCUCGCGGACCGACGGUGAUCGAUUCAGGGAAACGAGAGAAUAUCAUUCAGUUCGGUUGAAGGCUAGCAAGAAAGUAGAGGAGAUUCGUCCGGUGUCGAUCUAUAGUAUUUCUACUCGGUUCGUACGUUCCAACGUCGAAGAAUGCCAAGAAACGGCGCGAUGACGUCCAGAAGGAGCAGAGCGAGGACGAUAGUCCUGCUGGGUCUGGUGCUGCUCACCCUGCUCGACACUGUCGGCGGUAUACCUUACAAGAGGUCCUUGUUGAGGCUGUGCUCAAAGAGUCUGAGCGACGCCUUGUUCCUGGCAUGCAACGGUCGCGGAUACAACGAGCCCUUCUCCUACAGUGGGGAGGACGAUCCCCAGGACUCCGUGGGUCCAGGACUCGCGGAGGAGUGCUGUUACCACCAGUGCUCGUACUCGCAGCUGGAACAGUACUGCAAGCCGAAAAAGUCCAGUACCGCGGACGUCGAAAAGAACUCGAUCUGGAUCGAGAAUUUCCCGUAUCCGUCCACGAGGCCGGGAACGUCGUCGUCGGAGGAGAGAUCAAAAUCGGAUAUCGACAAUGUAGUCGACCAUAUCAAAUGUAGGAUCCAUGGGUCAAAAGGGGCACAGAAGAAGGGGACUAAUAUGGACCGUGACGACGACGCCGCCUGCUGCGAUGGGAGAAGCUCGCAGAAGAGGCAUCGCGGCGGUCAUUUCGGCUGCAGGCAUCGACGACAGAGGCGUCGUCGUCUUGGCAAGGCAUUGGAAAGGAUGCUGGCAUCGAACUCGCCGAAAUCGAACAAAAGUUCGCCGUUCCCCUAAGAACAAGAGAGAAGAAAUCCAAGGAAGUGAUAGAACUGAAGAAAGAGAAACGACGAUGUGCCUGGUAUCACGGUGCAAAAAUUCUCCCUCCUCUUUUCUCGCUGAAGCGAUCAAAUAUCAAAAUUCAACGACUAAACACAAAAAAGAGAGAGAACGAGAGAAGAAAGGAUAGAAAACCGAGGAAGAGAACCGUGAAGAAAGGGCGAAAAGGACGGUGGUGUACGCGAGCGUGCAAUCAGUAAGAUGUCUAGUCCCAUUAAACAGUGAUAGAUAAUUAAAGGAAAAAGAAAAAAAAAAAAAAAA